GUGAACGUCGCUGCUGUCUCGCAGCUCUCGCGGAGUUCCGUGUCUGCUGCUGUUUUGUCUAUACACACACAUACACAAAGCUCGAUAUAUAAUUCGCGUGUGCUGCACAGCGCACGCACGCCACGAAAUCUCGAACGAUAUUAUUGCGCGUUUGUGUUUCCGUGUGUGCGCGCGAGUGUGGAUAUUUAUACGCAUCACGCGCCUCUGCACCGUAUAAAUAAAGUCAGAGAGAGAGAAUUCCUCCUUUUUUUUUUCCUCGUUUGCAUUUUUGAGUAAUAAAAAUAAAAUAGGUAUAUACACGCUUCUUUUUUAUCGGAGCAGAGCGUGAGUGCGUGAGUGAGUGAGCGUGAGCCCGUUAUCUGCUGCUGCUGCUGCUGCUAGGCUACUCGGCCUGCCAGUGUCAAAUGUGCUCGUACGUACGACAUGUGAAGAAUCUCGCGGGCCUUCCGUGUUUUGACGAAAACGUGCGAGGAGGCCCAUCAUUGGAUGCUGUGGUUCAGGCAGCUGCUGAUGCUACGAUGAAGUGUCAUCGCGAGAACGAAACAAUAAUAAACUCCGCUUGAUCCUGUAUACUCGAGCACAACAAACGCACGCAGCAUAAUAAUAUAGCGUCGAGCGUCUCUUUUUCUCUCUCUGUCUCUGUCUCUGUCUCAAGUUGCAAGUGUAGAAAAUAAAAUGCUGCCGAUAUCGCUGCUGCUUUUCAUCUCGUUCGUCGUUUUUCAAGCUGACGCCUCGAAAUGCUACCCCGAUUAUUGUCGCACAGUGAAAAACUUUGAAUUCACGCCCCAAGAUGUGUGUCUCAUAGAAAAGGUUCAGAGAGGACAAGACUGCUUGGAGAAGAGAUUUGAUCUGAUGAGCCAUGUACCACCUAAUUCCGAUAGGAUCGUCGAGGUGUUUCUCACAGCCUAUAUUAAAGAUUUUGGAGGAGUCAAUCCAAAGGCAACCGCAUUGAAUUUAACCAUUGAUAAUGUUGAUUUUGCUGGACUGACAACACGUUUUCAAGGGCUUGGUGAUGAGUCUGCGACAUCGGCUUGUCGUCAUGCUGAGUUUCACCACAAUGUCACACAAUUUCCACUGACAGAUUUUCAUGUAUCAUGUCCAUUUUCUAAUUAUUCUUUUGAAAUGGUUUCCUAUCGUUUGGAGUAUGCUAUUUAUAAUGGCACAUACGAGUACAGCAGAAAACUAUUAUUCUUGGUUCCUGAUCAUAGAUUCCUUGAAACUACUACAGAAAAUAAUAAUCUUACACUAUUCUCUCCAUUCAUUUAUACUGAUGUUUCUGAAGAAACUUCUGUAGGUUUAUACAUACAACCCAUAUCACGUAAAUAUAAUGUAACACAAUAUAAAGUUUGGGCUAUCAACCGAGGAACUAAUCAUACACAAGUAGUAGUACUUGAAGAUUCUGGUAAAAAUCAUCAUAUCCAUCAUAAAUUCAUUAUGGGAGAUGGAGAAAAUGUUAUUCAUGUAGCAGCUCUUCACCCUACAUGUCCAGAUAAUGGUUGUAGAAAUACUACAUCCCCUGUUAUUAAUAUACUUCCACCUCCCGGUCGUUUGUAUAUCAUGAUUAUAAGUGUUGUUUGGAUCCCACCUGUGAUAUUGUAUCUUAUUCUUCGAUAUUUUCAAUAUAUUAAAAAACGAGAAUUUUUACUUGCACAAGCAAGAAAACCCAAGUGCCUUUUGGUUUAUUCACCGACUCAUAUGGCUCAUGUAAAUGUAAUGUUAGAUCUGGCGCGUUACUUAAAAUGCUGCAAUAUCGACGCAAUGAUCGAUAAUGAAGACAUCCCGUGUAGUGAACACAAGGAUCCUUAUCUUUGGUGUAAUGAAUCUUACGCCAGGGCCGAUAUAAUAAUCAUCGCAGCAUCACCUGACACAGGUCGAAUAGCACCGAUUAUGUAUCGCAACUUGGACAAACACGUCAUGGCUUUGCUGAAAGAAAACUUUUGCAGAGGAAAUAAAAAAUAUUAUGCCUUACAGUUUCCGUAUUGUAAGCCGGACGAUAUUCCGAAAGAAGCGCGACAUUUCAAGCAAUUUUCCAUGCCAGAAGAUUUAGACAAAUUAGUUAGGACCAUUCAUCAGAAUGAUUAUAUAAAUUACUUCAGAGCCUGGGACAGGGAUUUCGUUGAUUCUAUCCAGAUAGCGUCUAUGCAAAUGUAUAUAAGCGAAAGAAGCACACCGAGUACUGAAGAAAAUGACGAUUUUCUCUUGCCAAAUGAUAAAGAUAAGACUGUCGUUGAAAUAAAAGCUGUUAUCGAGACACAGGGUGAAAAGAAAUCACCGCCAAUCAUUCGAAGCGCGCCAAAAAUGUUCAAAACAGAUAUAGAGGAGUUGAAUUUGCUGGGCGAGAGCAACGACGGCGACAUUGAGACUCAAAGUUUCAACGCACAAGCCGGUGGCUCCAAAUUUUGUAUCGACACAUUAAAUUUGUAGAUUUUUAACGAUGCACAGUUUGAAAAACUGCUUUUGUAUAAGAUUUUUACUUUUAUAUAUAUUUAGCGACGUAAGCGAAGAACAAACGAUUGAAUGAGAAACAGAAUUUUAUUUAUUUCUGUAAUAAAAAGAAAAGCAAAGAAACGUA